UGUGGGGCGCAGUUGUCUAAUCAGUUCACUCUCUAGUGUACUGCAAAGAAAGCAAACAGCCAGAUAACAAAUAAGAAGGAGACUGAGACAUAAUGUAAGCGAUUAGCGUUUACUCAGAAGUGUUCGUCAUGAAGACCAUCCAGAUUAUUUCGUGCAUUCAAAGCGAUUUCGUCAGAAUUAGCUGGCUAGCACGGCACAUGCUAACGCGUUUCCGUGGCAACGGCGCCUUCAGUCAGGGAAAUAUCACAUUACAAGCAUCAGAGGGACGCUGAAGGAUGCGGCUGAAAACAUCUCUGCUGAAGGAACCCAAACACAGAGAGCUGGUGAGCUGCGUGGGAUGGACCAGCGCUGAUGAGCUGUACUCCUGCAGCGACGACCACCACAUUCUCCGGUGGAACCUGCUCACUAACGACACCAGCGUCCUCGUCAAGCUCCAGGACCAGAUCUACCCCCUCGACCUGCACUGGCUCCCCAAGAGCGUGAGCGGGAAGAAGCAGGCUGGGGCCGAGAGCUUCGCCCUCACCAGCACUGAUGGUAAACUCCACCUGGUGUCUAAAUCUGGACGUGUAGAGAAGAGUGUGGAGGCCCAUAGAGGAGCUGUGCUCGCCGGACGCUGGAAUCAUGACGGGACGGCUCUUAUCACAGCUGGUGAAGAUGGACAGCUGAAGAUCUGGUCUAAGAGUGGGAUGCUGAGGUCUACUCUGGCCCAACAAGGGACUCCCGUGUACUCCGUGGCGUGGGCUCCAGACUCAGGACGGGUUCUGUACACAUCGGGUCGACAGCUGGUGAUCAAGCCGCUGCAGCCCAGCGCCAAAGUCCUGCAGUGGAAAGCUCAUGACGGAGUCAUUCUGAAGGUGGACUGGAGUGCUGUCAAUGAUCUCAUACUGUCAGGAGGAGAAGACUGCAAAUAUAAGGUGUGGGAUAGCUACGGCCGGCUGCUCUUCUCCAGCUCUGCUCAUGAUUACCCCGUCACCUCAGUGGCCUGGGCUCCGGACGGAGAGCUCUUCGCCAUGGGCUCCUUCCACACACUCAGACUGUGUGAUAAGACCGGGUGGUCGUACUCUCUGGAGAAGCCCAGCACUGGAAGUCUGUUCAGUCUGGCCUGGUCUGCAGACGGCACUCAGCUGGCCGGAGCCUGUGGAAACGGACACGUCUUGUUCGCUCACGUCGUAGAGCAGCGCUGGGAGUGGAGGAACUUUGAGAUCACACUCACAAAGAGACGCACUAUGCAGGUCAGAAACGUGUUGAAUGAUGCAGUGGAUGUUCUGGAGUUCAGAGAUCGGGUCAUCAAAGCCUCGCUGGCUCACGGUCAUCUGGUGGUCACCACCUCUCUGCAGUGUUACGUCUACAGUGCUAAGAACUGGAACACUCCGCUGAUCUUUGACCUGAAGGAGGGAACCGUCAGUCUCAUCGUGCAGGCCGAGAGGCACUUUCUGUUGGUGGAUGGAGCAGAUCUGUUUGUGUACUCGUAUGAGGGCCGUUUGGUGUCGUCUCCCAAGAGUCCCGGUAUGAGAAUGGACAUCCUGAACUCUCAGUCCAUCUCUCUGAGAUUCACUGUGUCUUCCUUCUCUCCUCCAGUCGUCUUUCUGUUCGAGGCUCAGACGGGAAAAGCCAUUGGUGACGGCAAACCUUUGAACCACAAGAUAGAGGUGGUGUUCGUCGCGCUGGAUCAGUGUGGCUCGUCUAAUGACAGAAGGAUCGCACUGAUCGAUAAGAACCGUGACCUCUACCUGACCUCUGUGAGAAAGCUGGGCCGAGCACACAGCAUCCACAAGAUCGGGUCGAUGGUUGACACUAUGGCCUGGAACGACUCGGCUAACAUCCUGUGUGGCGUCCAGGACAGCCGGUUCACAGUGUGGUACUACCCUAGUGUGGUGUUUGUGGACAAAGACCUGCUGCCCAAAACCAUCUUCACCAGAGACAGCAGAUGGUUUACGCUCCGCAUCUGCCGCUUCGCCAAGGAUCAGACGCUCUGGUCGUGUCUGGCCGGUCUGGCGAUGGCCAAUAGGGAGCUGAGCACAGCAGAAGUGGCGUAUGCAGCUAUAGGAGAGAUUGAUAAGGUGCAGUACAUCAACUUCAUAAAGGACCUUCCGUCGAGAGACUCGUGUCUCGCUCACAUGCUGCUCUUCAGCGGACACGUGCAGGAGGCCGAGGCCACUCUACUGCAGGCCAACCUCAAUUACCACGCCAUCCAGAUACACAUCAGCCUCUACAACUGGGACAGGGCUCUGGAGCUGGCCGUGAAGUACAAAACUCACGUGGACACGGUGCUCGCUCACAGACAGAAGUUCCUGCAGGACUUUGGAAAACAGGAAACCAACAAGAGAUUCCUGCAGUACUCUGAGGGAGUGGAAGUGGACUGGGAGAAAAUCCAGGCUAAAAUUGAAAUGGAGUUUGCUAUGGAGCGGGAAAAAGCAGCCAACGCAUCCGUCAGAAGCAGCGUGUCCAUUCGCCGAUAAAAACACACACCUGUAAUGUAAUUCAGGUAAACUGAGGCCUGGAUCCCACUGAACGAGCACUGAUCUCCGACUCCUCAACACUGACUGCACACUGUGGCUAACUCUCAAAGUUAAGAAGUUAUGGCAGGCAUGACAAUUCAUAUCUUAGCCUCUUAAAAAAUGUACAUCAUUCUAUUACCAGGCAUCACGUCUAGUUCAGCUGUUAUUCAUAUCAUUUCAAGAAGAUUUUGUAACAAGAAUGAAUUUUUAUUGUAAAAGCUUGAUUUAUGUUUAUUCAAUAAAUGCAUAUUUGAAAUUAAA